AUGGAUCAGUUUUUGCUUAUUCUAAAUGCGUUUGCCUCAUUUUCUUCCGCAACAGCCGCAAUAAUUUCCACUGCAAACCCUGCAUCCCUAUCUGGCUCACCUGUUGUUACCACUGGCGAGCGUUUCUAUCAACGCAUGUAUGCUGUUCGUGCUUUGCCAUUGGAAUUACUUGCUGGGAUUCUCCCACUCUAUCUCAGUGGUCCGGCGGUAGUUUCUGUCGUCGGUGCCGCUGUAUUUGUUCAAGCAGCGGAUGUAAUCAUUGGUAUUGGCAGAAAUGAUGGAGGGAUGGCUUUAGGGGCUUCAUUUGCUACAACAGCCCAUGUUCUAUAUUUAUUUUCCAUUCCCUCAGCCAAAGUUCAGAGAUAG